CUGUCGUAGGGACAGCCAGCGAUCAGUUGGAAAUUAUCAACCGAGCAAGCAUUUGAGUAUGGACGGUGGAGCAACUCCCGCGGCCGGCUCCGGCACCAGCAGCGCAGCCAUGAUCAAGGACCCGGAGAUCAAGUACAUCUGCGGCGACUGCGGCAUCGUCAACUAUCUGUCGGCUCGCGACCCAAUCCGUUGCCGUGCCUGUGGCUACCGCAUCAUGUACAAGGCUCGUACCAAGCGUCUCAUCCAGUUCGAGGCCCGGUAAACACACACACGCACACCGACCCAGCAAGCGACUGCGCAGAUGCAGGGCUAGAUGCAUGGCUUCAUUAAUAAAUAUGUUGGACCGAGGAACCUGUUUGUGUUGUGUAGGAGCUGAUGAAUGAAUGCAACGUGUCUAUUUGGCCAACCCUGUCAACG